AUGGCCUCCAGUGGUCUGUUGGCUGCUGCCACAGGCACUGUGGUAAAAAGAGCAAUACAAGCAUUUACAACAGCAUUUUGCCUGCAAGGCUGCAUGUCUUGCACAGGAAAUGUCUGUAUGGGUCAAGGAGCUUUCUCGCUGUUCCUAUCCAGGGGAGAAAGAAAUAACAUAAACCAGCCAGGGUGCGGGUCUCCGCCGGGCUGGUCCCUCUCGCUGCUCCCAGCCGGCGGCGGCGCUGGGCAGGACUCCGUGGGGCAGCUGGAGGAGGGUUCUCCGGCGCUGUCGCCCCCCGAGCAUCGCCCGAAGGUGGCCCCUUCCUCCAGAGCCCACCCCGGCACCCGCCAGCUCCCCUCUGCCUCCCUCCAGUGGGGAAAUCCCGGCUGGAUGGGGAGAAGCCUCCCCGCUCCGGAGUGCCGGGGGAUGCUGCGAGCUCCGCCAGCGCCGGGGCCACCCCUGCUUCUAAAUCACAGAAAUAAUUUUUCAGAAACCCCAACAACUCAACAGCCGAGUGACGAGUCAGGAGGCUGGGAGGCUCCCACCGCGCCUUCUGCCGCGGCGGGGAGCGGGGGAUUUGCAGAAGGAAGAAAUGGCAUAAGCACCUGA